AUGGCAGAAGAAUUGACUAGGGCAGAAGAAUCUGUUGUUCCUACAAUAGACUCAAAUUCGCCUCUCUAUGUUCAUCCCUCAGAUACGCCAGGCUCAGUUCUUGUAUCUAAGCAACUUGUAGGUACAGACAAUUAUAGAAUUUGGAGCAGAGCGAUGAUAGUCUCCUUAUGUGCCAAGAACAAGCUAGGGUUUGUUAAUGGAGCUUGUACAAAGUCGUUUGUGCAUCCUCGUUUAGUUCCACAGUGGGAAAGGUGUAAUUCUCUAGUUUUAGCUUGGAUUUUUAACUCAGUUUCAAAAGAGAUCUUCAAUGGAAUUGUCUACUCGUCUAUUGCCUCUCAAGUAUGGCAAGACUUGCAAGAGCAGUAUCUAAAGUCAAUGGGACUAGAGUCUUUUGUAUUCACUGAGAAUUUGUGA